UGUGCGCAGUGAGCCCGCGUCCUUUCCUUGGUGUGAUUCCGUCCAGUGCGGAGCCCCUCGGGAGCCAGAGUCGAUCUGUCCGUCCACUUCGUCGCUUUACUUUUCGCACUGCUCUUCUCGCUUAAGUAUCGCUGCUCAAAUGGAGGACUCAAUGGAAAUGGAUAUGAGCCCCCUCCGGCCUCAGAAUUUCCUCUUCGGUUGUGAACUAAAGGCUGAUAAAGAUUAUCAUUUUAAAGUAGAUAAUGAUGAAAAUGAGCACCAGUUGUCAUUGAGGACUGUGAGUUUAGGGGCUGGUGCAAAGGAUGAAUUGCAUAUUGUUGAAGCAGAGGCACUGAACUAUGAAGGCAAUCCAAUUAAAGUAACACUGGCAUCUUUGAAAAUGUCUGUGCAGCCUACAGUUUCUCUAGGUGGCUUUGAGAUCACACCACCAGUAGUUUUACGGUUGAAAUGUGGUUCAGGACCUGUACAUGUGAGUGGCCAGCACCUAGUAGCACUGGAGGAAGAUGCAGAAUCAGAUGAUGAAGAGGAAGAUGACAUGAAACUCUUAAAUAUGUCAGGCAAGAGAUCUGCUCCUGGAGUUGCUAGCAAGGUUCCACAGAAAAAGGUCAAAUUGUCUGAAGAAGAUGAAGAUGAUGAUGAAGAAGAUGAUGAUGAUGAAGAUGAUGAUGAUGAUGACUUUGAAGAUGAGGAAAGUGAAGAAAAGACCCCUCCAGUAAAGAAAUCUAUUCGUGAUACUGCAGCAAAAAAUGCACAAAAGUCAAACCAGAAUGGAAAAGAUUCAAAGCCGUCCACACCAAAAUCAAAAGGUCAAGAAUCCUUCAAAAAGCAGGACAAGACUCCCAAGACUCCAAAAGGACCCACUUCUCUAGAGGAUAUUAAAGCAAAAAUGCAGGCAAGCAUUGAAAAGGGUGGUUCCCUCCCAAAAGUGGAAGGCAAAUUCAUCAACUAUGUAAAGAAUUGCUUCCGGAUGUCUGAUCAGGAGGCUAUUCAAGAUCUCUGGCUGUGGAGGAAAUCUCUUUAAGAAAAUAAGUUUGAACAGUUUGUUAAAAUUUUCCGUCUUAUUUCUGUAACAGUUGAUAUCUGGCUGUCCUUUUUAUAAUGCAGAGUGAGAACUUUCCCUACCGUGUCUGAUAAAUGUCGUCCAGAUUACUUUGCCAAGAAUGUGUUGUCCAAAAUGCCUGUUUAGUUUUCAAAGAUGGAACUCCACCCUUUGCUUCAUUUAAGUAUGUAUGGAAUGUUAUGAUAGGGCAUAGUAGUAGUGGUGGUCAGACAAAUGGAAAUGGUGGGGAGACAAAGUAUACAUGUGAAAUAAAUUCAGUAUUUUAAUAAAGUAA